AUGGCCGCCAUACCAACACCGUUACUCAAGCCGCACAAUUAUACAGUGGCAUGGAUCUGCGCCCUUGCCAUAGAAAUGGCAGCCGCCGAGGCAAUGCUGGAUGAGAAACAUCCUGACUUACGCACCGUCCCCGGCGACGACAAUACUUACGUCGCAGGGAGGGUGGGCGCCCAUAAUGUCAUUAUCGCGUGCCUUCCAGCUGGGGUUUACGGGACGACUUCUGCAGCCAACGUAGCGUCUCAAAUGCGGCUCACAUUCAAGGGCAUUCGGUUCAGACUGAUGGUGGGUAUUGCAGGGGGAGUCCCGAAUGCGAACCAUGAUAUUCAGCUCGGCGAUGUCAUAGUCAGCAAACCAACGCGGGAUUCCGGGGGAGUGAUCCAAUACGACUAUGGCAAGGCCGUGAGUGACAGCCACUUGGAACGGACAGGUGUUUUGAACAAGCCUCCAACAAUGCUCCUGACAGCCGUGACGGCGCUACAGUCAGCACACAUCGCGAAUAAGAGUCGUAUUCCUGAUCUAAUCGCAGACCUGGCGGAACGCCAUCCGCGUAUGAGGGAGAAGUUCACGUAUAACAGCCGCAGAGAAGAUUUGUUGUUUGAGGCCCAGUAUGAUCAUACAGAUCCUGCGACAGCCUGCGAUGGCUGUGAUAGACACCGGCUAGUUACCCGAGCACCAAGGGAUGGAAACGGCCCUGUUAUCCACUACGGUCUAAUCACAUCCAGCAACCAGGUCAUCAAGAAUGCGCAGACCAGAGAUCGGCUAGCCCGGGAACUUGGGAUCCUGUGCUUUGAAAUAGAGGCGGCCAGUCUGGUGGACACAUUCCCAUGCCUAGUAAUUCGAGGCAUCUGUGACUAUGCCGAUUCUCAUAAGAAUAAACAAUGGCAAGAGUAUGCAGCUGCGACGGCAGCAGGAUACGCAAAGGAGCUUCUCUCAAUGGUCCAUUCCGUUCACGUUGCAGAUACACCUUCGGCUCUGCCAGUCACCGACGUCGUUCAUAGCAGCAAGGCCCUGUCUAAACCGCGAGGUUCAUCAAGUGACCUCGACGAGACAUUAUUCAGGCGCAUUUCAGACUACAAACAUGAAAAGGUUCACCGUAGGCUUGCUCACAAACGAGUCAUGGGGACAGCGCAGUGGUUCUUGGAUCAUACUGACUUCAAGGCAUGGCUGGUGGAGAAGAAAUUCUCGAGACUGUGGUGCUCCAGGAAAAUUGGCUCUGGUAAAACGAUGAUAGCGACGGCGGCCAUCGAUGCAGCCAAAUAUCAAUCGUCGGAACACUCUGCUUCCACGGUAUUUUUCUACUGUGAGAGCGACCGACCGGACAAGCUCAACGGGCCCUACAUCCUCUCCAGUCUGAUCAAGCAACUAUGCGAGUAUCUCCGUGCGAAGAACAGAUGCUGCCCCAACGAUGUCGCAGACGCACUGAACCGCUUUUUCGGGAGGAAGCGAGUGGUUCCCGACUUUGAUGAUUUGAAGGACGUUUUCAUCCAAUUAUUCCACUUCAUCCCAGACACGGUGUAUAUCAUUGACGGACUCGAUUCAUUGAACCCAGACCAAAGUAAAGACCUGUUUGAGUUCUUCAGCUCCCUGUUCUGCGGUUCUAGAUCCCCACUCAAGUCACGAAUACUCGUUUUCAGCCGAGAACAACUGCCUGGCUACACAGGCAUCCCCCUGUUCAUGGCUGGCAUUCAUCAAAUUUCAACUACAUCCAACGUGAUGCCGGAUCUUCACGCAUACAUUGAUACGAGUGUCACCGAUAAAUUGAUGAGCCGGAAGCUCACCGACAAUUUAGCCUUGUUGGAUGAGGUCAGGUCAAGCGGGUCCUCCUGGAAGAAUCAUCAGGAAUGUAUGAAGCAAGCCUUCCUCUGGUUCCUCAAUAUCUUGGAGAUCCUGUGGCAAGAGUGUUUCACGGACAAUCAAAUCCGAUCAGCGUUGCAAGAUCUUCCGACAGAUCUAGAGGAGACAUACCGUCGCUGUGUCCGAAGAAUGACCUUUACCAAUCCCUAUGCGUUGCGAGUCCUCCAGUGGGUGAGUUUUGCUGCGAGACCACUCUAUAUCGACGAAUUAAAAGAGGCUGUAGCUUUUGAUCUGCAGGACGUGGUAUGGGACGCCGGAAGGAUCCCCCAAGCAGACGUGGUGAUCGGGUGCUGUGCAAAUCUUGUGGCCGUUGAUCCUUCUGAUUAUUGUGUUCGCUUUGCGCAUCCUUCCGUCAAGACGUACCUGCAGAAGGAUUCGGCAAGCCUUAUUCCACGGUACCCGAAAUCCGAUAGGCAAGGCGAGCUUCAGUGCGGAGAAUUCUGUGUUGCGUAUCUGUCCUUCUCCAACUUCAACCUCCAACUGGCGAAGCCAGCCAACGAGACAGUGGUGGCAAAAGUCCCGGAUCCCAAGCUGCUCGCUGGUGGUGCAUUGACGUCUCCGUUGGCCAGAUUAUUCCGAGGAUGGGAAGCAGAUCCCAAACGUCGCACACAAUUACAAUUUCGACAGAUCCGAUCAGCUACGCUUCCAGAUCGUUCACAAUACAAAUUCCUGGACUAUGCAGCCACCCACUGGACCUCACAAACCAAGGAGAUCACUUCCCGAUCUACAGUCUGGGAGAAAUUCAAGCACCUCUCGUUAUGUUUCAAUGAAACAUGGAAUUUCCACCCUUGGGUAGUCGGUGGUCGCUCACAAUUCUCGCGCCUACAUGGCCUCUUCGGCUGGGCCGUCAAGGAAGGACACAUCCCGCUGUUGGAGAUGGCGCUCACUUCCGACCGACCCAUACGGGAGAUCUGUAACCUCCCAUUGAUCGAUGAGCACCUUCCUGCGCUUCAUGUCGCAUCAAAAUUUGGGCUCGCCGAUGUCGUAAGGCUCCUAUUGCCCAUAUGCCAAUUGAACGUGCAGGACGAAGAGGGGUAUACUGCUUUACACCAUGCAGCCGGUAAGGGGCAUGGAAAUGUUGUUGCCGUCCUUCUAAGCUCAGGCAGCACGAAAGUGGAUCUUCCGUCCAAGAGCCAGGUUACACCACUCUGGCUGGCUGCCAGUCGUGGCCAUGGGCACGUCCUGCAAAUCCUGGCAGAGAAGCAAGCGAACCUCGAGGCCAGAGGUAAUGUAACACGACUGACGCCGCUCUCACAGGCUGCUAGUAACGGCCAUUAUGCUGUAGUCGACCUUCUCGCGAACAUGGGAGCGAAGCUAGAGUCAAGGGACGCCGAGGGUCGAACGCCGUUAUCCUGGGCCGUCACAAAUGGCCAUCUCCACACAGUCGGGCUGUUACUUGAGAAAGGCGCUAACCCUGAUUGUAAAGAUACAAGCAAGGAAAAAUUGCUGUUAUGGGCGGCGCAGACUGGACAUGAUGCGAUCACAGGCUUGCUGGCUGCAAAUCCCAUGACAAACCUCAACGCUACCGACUCUGAGGGAUUAACGCCGUUAUUGUGGGCUGUCCGGAAUCGACACUCCUUGACCGCGGAGAUUCUUCUCCAGCGAGGGGCAAUUCGGGAGGUCCGAGAUGCCGAGGGCCAGACGCCUCUGCUGUGGGCAGCAAGGAAUAGGCACGAGGAAUUGACUAGAUCACUGGUCACCAAAGGUGCGGUUAUUGAUUCCAAAGAUAAGUACAAAAGAACAGCAUUUUUUUGGGCCGUGGAGAAUAGCCACGAAGAAAUGGUCAAGUUACUGCUAGACUGGAGUGGAGACCAUGGGCGAAAGGAAAAGUUCAUCGACAGUAUUCUCUCAUGGGCCGCACGAACACCAACUGGUAAUACGGUCAAUUUACUCCUAGGCGAAGAUGGAGACGCCGAGGAUGAGGCUCCACCAAUACCGACGUCGUUACUGUGGGUUGUCAAAAAAAGCUAUGGGGGGCUAGCUCAGCUAUUCAUGGAGCGCGACACCGCUGUCGAUCGGGGAGAUCUUUUCAGACAGGGAGCUAUGAUAUGGUCCACAGAGCAUGGACGAGAGCUCUUACUGGAGCUGCUCCUUGGAAAAAGUGAAGAUGUCCAAUCCACCGACCCGGCCGCCCUACUUAAGAUGCUGGCCGAAACUAGCAAAGACCCGCAAUCCACGAAUCAGUCAAAUCGGUCCCUCCUAUGGGCUGCAAAGCUUGGUCAUCCAUCCGCGGCCAAGUUGCUUCUCAGAACUGGCGCGGAUAUCGACGCCAACGAUUCCCUUGGUUAUACAGCAUUUCUGUGUGCCGCACGGGAAGGACAUAUCAAGAUCGCCCAGCUGUUGGUUGACCAGGGUGCUGAUAUCCACGCGAGAACUGUUUACGGGGAGACACCAGUAUGGUGGGCUGCAAGAAACGGGCAUGAGGCGCUCGUGGUAUUUUUGCUCGACGUAGGUGCAGAUAUCGAAUCCAGGGAUAAGUUUGGCCUUACACCACUAGCUUGGGCGGUUGAGAAUCGGCACGAGCCGGUGGUCCGCGUAUUGGUUGACUGGGGCGCAAACAUUUGGGCUUCCGACAAGUCCGGCCAGACACCACACUCGAGGUCUGGUGGCACGAAAAUGCGAGCUCUGCUACUUGAAGGUGAACGUGAGUAA